UCCCCUCUGAUGCCCCCCCCUUUAGUCGCAGUCCGCUUCUCCGUCAAAGUGGGACUCUCCUGCUCCUCUGGAUGAGCAGCCCGAGCUGCAGCAGGAGGAAGAGGAACCGGAGGAGGAGGAGGGCCAGGAGUUCCAGGUGCGGACAUUGAGGAUCCCAGCAGAUGGGGACUCGCUGGACUCUGCUGCUUUGCCAGAGGAGCUGUCUGAGGAGGAGGAGGGAGAUGAGGAGGAAGAAGAAGAGCUGGUAAUUAGAAGGGUGAAGGCAGAGGAGGAAGAAGACCAAGAGUUUGAGGUGCAGAAGCUGAGGGUUUCCAUGGAUGGAAAUUCACUGGAGUCGGUGGCAUGCCGCGAGGGGGAGCCAGCCAUGGAUUCAGAGGAGCCCAAGUUCGAGGUACAGAAGCUGAGGAUCCCAGUGGAGGGGAAUUCGCCCAUCCUGCAGCUGAUGGCGUCCCCGGGGAGUGGGGGCAGGGCAAGGGCAACAGCGCCAGACCGCUCCAACACCUGCACAGAGUGCGGCAAGAGCUUCAGCCGUCGCUCCAAUCUGGUGAAGCACCAGAUCAUCCACACCGGCGAGAAGCCCUUCUCGUGCGGGGAGUGCGGGCGCAGCUUCACCCAGAGCUCGGCCCUCACCAAACACCAGCGCACCCACACUGGGGAGCGCCCCUACGUCUGCGGGGAAUGUGGCAAGGCCUUCACCGCUAGCUCCAACCUGCUGCAGCACCAACGCUUCCACACCGGGGAGCGCCCCUACGUCUGCGGUGAGUGUGGCAAGGCCUUCAGCCAGAGCUCCAACUACAACCUGCACCGGCGCACCCACACCGGUGUCACCCCCUACCAGUGCGGUAUCUGCGGCAAGCGCUUCACGGGCAGCUCCUGCCUGGCUCGCCAUCGGCGCACCCACACCGGCGAAAAGCCCUACCAGUGCUCCGAGUGCGGCAAGCGCUUCACGGGCAGCUCCACCUUGGUCAACCACCGGCGCACCCACACCGGCGAGAAGCCCUACGGCUGCCGGGAGUGCGGCAAGCGCUUCAGCCUCAGCUCCAAUCUCAUCAAGCACGAGCGCACCCACACCGGGGAGAAGCCCUUCCCCUGCGGCGAAUGCGGGAGGGGCUUUAGCGUCAACGCCAACCUGGCCCAGCACCGGCGCACCCACACCGGCGAGCGCCCCUUCCCCUGCGCCCAGUGCGGCAAGCGCUUCACCCAGAAAGCCACCCUGGUCAAGCACCAGCGCACCCACACCGGGGAGCGCCCCUACGGCUGCGGGGCCUGUGGCAAGCGCUUCGGAGACCUCUCGGCCCUCAAGCGGCACGAGCGCAUCCACACCGGGGAGCGGCCCUACCGCUGCGGCCAGUGCGGGAAAGCCUUCAAGCACAGCUCGGCCCUGGCCCAGCACGGCCGCACCCACACCGGCGAGAAACCCUAUGUCUGCUCCCAGUGCGGCAAAGCCUUCUCCCAGGGCUCCACCCUCAUCCAGCACCAGCGGGUGCACACUGGGGAGCGCCCCUACGGCUGCCCGCAGUGCGGGAAGGGCUUCAGCCAGGGCUCUGCCCUCACCCAGCACCAACGCACCCAUGCCAAGGAGAGCGACCCGCUGCUGGGGCCUGGUGGGGCCCGGCUCUACCGGGACCCCUUUGUCCAGCCACGGGAUGAGGACGACGAGGAGGAGGACGGAGUGGGGGAGGUGCUGGUGCUGCCUCCUGGGACGUGGGAUGCAGAGCUGGACGUGCAGAUCAAAGAGGAGCCGGAGUGAUGGAGGAGGGUGCUGCUGAAUCAGCGGAGGGUGGGCGUCAGGGCUGGAUGUGGGUGUCACAGGGGCUCAUCUCUGCACCAGAAAUCCCCUCUGUGCUGGAGCUGUGGACAGAGUCUGCAGGGUGGGGGCGUCUCCCCCUUCACCGCUCUCCACUCAGCAGGGAUCGUUAACCCCCACAAGCCCAGCCUGUCCCAGGGGGAUCUGUCCUGUUGGUCCCCAGAUCUCGCCCUCUCUGUGCCUUGGUCUCUGCUCCCUCCCCUCUCUCAGGGCUGGUGGAGGUUGGGGGGACUGGUCACUCUCCCCAGGAGGCCAGAGAGACGGAAGUCUCCCAGGCCUAUCUGAGUUGUGCUGGGGACAAGGCCGUUUUUUAUCCAUUGUCUCUGUUUCUACUUCUGUCUGAAAACAAUAAACAUCCAGGACUUUCCUUGCC